UCGCAACUACAAUCUUCAACAGGAUUUGUAUUGAAAAAUUUAUAUUUGGCAGUUCUUCGAAAAAUACAUAUUUGCCCGUAAAUAAUGUUUUUAGAUUAUGGCUUUCUUUUGCAAAACAAAUUAAUUGUUGCCCUUUACCAUUCCUUUGUUGUAAUGCAAAAGAAUUAUUAUAUAAAGAAUUAUGAUAUCAGAAAUGUGUACUAAAAAAAAACUUUUUUAAAAUAGAUAAAUCACAGCUGUAAUCUCAAACACGAAGUAUACUAAAAAUGUUCGUAUAUGUUGUUUUUCGAAUUGUUCAAAUAUCUGCGAUCCGCCUAAGUCUAUGGCAAUACUUUUAGCCUGUUUUUAAAAAAAUGCUUGUUCGACCGUAAAUAAUUUGUUCAAGAUUAUAGUUUACUUUUGCAAAAAAAUUAAAGAAAUGUAGCCCUUUACUAUUAUUUUGUCUUCACAGAAACGAAACUUGUGUCAUGAAGAAAUGUGAUGUACGCUGUGCAAGCUCACAUGGGAAAUGCAAUACAAAGACUGGUAAAUGUGAAUGUUGUCGUGGUUGGUCUGGACCUUAUGCAAGAUAUAACAGUGCACUUGAUCGAUACGUUGCAAAUUAUUGUGAUAAAGAAUGUCAUUUCCUUGAAACAGGCGUGCCUAAUCCUGAGUGCAAAAAAGUUCCAGAAGUUGUGCCACCAUGCGACCCCAAGUGUUCUAAUAGUGAAGGUGUCUGUCUUCCUGGUGGUAGAUGCAAAUGUUGCACUGGCUGGACUGGACCAAAUGCUAGUCAAUACAGCUCUGACAAUGGCGAAAAUAUGAUUAUUGCAGACUAUUGCAAUGUGUACUGUCCUUACACAUCUGACAACAUAAACCAAUUAUGUCUUCGACCAAAUUACAUUGAAAGAUUGGCACGCGCUGGACGGAAAAUCACUGUUUAAAUUUUUAAAAGAAGAAGAAAGAAGAAGAAAGAGCUUCUCAUAUACUCAGAAUAUUCGCAUCAUAAGCACACACUAUAUAUAAUUUUGCACUUGUAUUUUUUUCUAAAAUAAUACAACACUUUCUA